AUGGCCGAGCCAGCAGCCGACAAGCGUCUGCCGCUUCUUCAACUCGAUCAGAAAGCCCUUCGCAGAUCAAUCUCUGAUCUACAGGCGCAGCAAGCAGAGUUAGAAGCUGAGAUAGCCCAGCUCAGACCGAGUCUGAAAAAUGAUCCUUCCGAGACCGUUAAAAGGCACAUCCGUCUGUUACAUGAAUACAACGAGAUCAAGGACAUUGCACAAGGUCUGAUGGGUCUUAUUGCCGACGCACGUGGUGUUCGACAUGUUGAUGUGCAGAAAGAGUUUGGAGUGCACGAGGAAGAUUGA